GUUAUGUUACUAAAGCAUGCGUGUUUGUUUGGUACAAAUUCUUACUGUACAGCACUUGAGCUUUCAUUGGUAAGGUAUUACUAGUCCAUGUUGACAUGGGUUUUUAAAAGUUUAUUCCCUCCCUUAUCCGGUAGUAUGGUGCGGCCCAUGCACAAUGGUCUGAAUUACCGAAAGGGCUCAAAUUUCCGCCUACUUUUGUAACUGAUUGUGUCGUUUUUCCACGGUAGUUGGCAGUGGUUUGCUUGUGUAGGACAUGGCAAGGACUUUUCCUGUACAUUUACAUUGAUUCCUGCACGUCUUGCCCAGCUGAGUGCCGUGUAGAAUAGUUGUGCCAACUUUGUUUUGCCCGAGGCGGUUUGUCGUAUCGGUAUAAACUGUGACAAACUUUCCCAGGAGUGGACUGGUGUCCUCGCGGCGUGGGCCAGAGGUUUGAACCUCAAACAACGGACUUUGCUUUGCUUUGGGUUCAGGACUACAAACUUUGUCGCGUUGCUGACUACGGUAAACAGAACGGUGUGCUGUACGUUUUUUCUCCCUAAGGACAAGCAUGUCGUAUAUGUACGACCCGGACACCGACGCCAGGGCGUCCGCCCUCCGGACCAAGCUGUUCGGGUCUCCCGGCGGGGCGGAUGGAAAUGUGUACGGGGAGGGUCCGGCACGGUCCCGCCGGCGGCAGGGCAGGCACGAUCGCGGGGUGUCCGACCCGGGACGGCUCAGCGCCGAGUCAGGGGUGGCUAGCAUGGACACUACGGCAGAACCCAGGACAAGUUGGAAGACCCUUCUACAGCAGUCUCGGAACCAGGAGCUGGCUGAUGCCAUCCAGACGUCCCUGGACCUGGCGGGUCCGCGAGGAAACGGCAGCGAGGGGUCCCGCCCCCACUCUCCCACACACGACUCCGACAGUGGAAUAAGCCACAGCCUGUCCAUGUCUUCUCUGAAGACAAAGUCCCCCGUCAUCGCCAGAGCUUUGUCCCUUCUCGGUGAAACAUACGACCGAAGGAAAGAGGAGCUGGGCCGUCCCGUCCACAGAAGUCCGUCCUGGUCCAAACCUCACUCCUACAGCAAAAACAGACCUCAGAACUCCAUCUACAGGGCACAGUCCCACGAGUCUCUACACAGGCCCCAGGACUCCCUGUUCAGAAGUCCCUCUCCAAGCAGACAGCAGUCCCAAGACUCUUCCUUCUACGCCACGCCAAGCGGGAUGUCGCCGGAGAAGGUACUACAGGACAGUCUGCAGGAGAGCGAGUCCAGGAGGCUCAACCUGGUGGACAAACUGCGGGAGGCGCAGGAGACUCUGCAGCUGCAGACGGAGAGGCUAACCGAGGCUGAGGGGAAGCUAAGCGAGAGCAAGAUGACCGUAGCUAACAUGAAGUCUCACCAACAGCAACUGGAGUUCCGAGUGAACACGCUGGAGAAGGAUAAGGCUGAGCUGGAGGCGACACAGAUUGAAGGCAUCCAGAGGAGGGAUGAGCUUCAUGACAGAAUUGGUCAGCUGGAUGCUGAACUGCAUGGCUUACAGGCCUCCUACAGCACCUUACAGGCAGAGUACAGGCAGAGACAGGCCCUAGUGGACCAGACCAGUACUGCACUCAACAUGAUGGAGCAGGAAAACAACAACUUUCAGAAGACCAAAGACACCAUGGGUCGGGAGAUGACUGCUCUGAAAGAGUCUCUCCAGCUGGCCAAGCUGCGGGCGGACAAGCUGGAGGCAGAGAAACAAGUCUCACAGCAGGAGGCGAACAGUCUUAGGGAGAAACAGCAAGCCUUGAUCACACAGAACAGCGAGGUUACCCAGAAGCUGGCAGAAGUCACCACGUCAUACGCACACCUGAAGGAUGACUGGUCCAACAUCGGAGAUGAGUUCAGCAGGGUCAAGCAGGAGAGAGACAGCUUGUUUACCCGGACGACCAGACUAGAGGACGUGUUGGCCGAUGCAAAGUCCAAACUAGCCAGCGUGACGGCAGAGAAGGACAGACUGUUUCAGGAGAAGAUUGACCUUCAUCAGAAGGUGCAGAAGAUGACGGUGGACAAGGAACAGCUUCAGAAGGCCAAACAUGCGGUAGAAGAACAGUGUACAGAGCUACACGUGGACCUGGCACAGGCCAAGCUGUCUGCAGACAAGAACAACCAGGAGAAACUCCGGGUAGAACAGGAGCUCAAUGCUGUCAAAAAGGUGAGUGAAGACCUGUCCAGCGAGCUGUCGAUGGUCAAGCACAACUUGGAGAAGGCCCAAGAGCUGAACAAACAGCUAGAGAACAGCAAACGCCUGGCAGCACAACAGCAGUUGAUGUUGGAGGGGGAGCUGAAGAGGGUCACACAGGACAAGGACCUACUGAACAAGUCUUUUGAGAGGUUGAAGAAGGAGCAAGAGACAGACAGAGAAAGGUGGGAUGAGCAGCAAAGGAACCUCAGGGAAACAUUACAGGAGCUGAGAGACAACAAACAACAGCUGGACACAAGAACAAGGGAGCUUGAGAAGAAACUGUCCCUUGCAAAUGAGGAGCACCAGUACACCAUGGGCCAGGUGCAGGCGGAGUGUGCGGAGUGGAGAGACACGUGCGAGCGGCUGACGGGCAUGUUUGAGAGGAAGGAGGACGAGGCGCGGAAUCUGCAGCAAAAGUUACAGGACAUUCAGGAGAAGAACUCUGCCCUGAGAAUGGAGCAGCAGCUGAGGACCAUGAAGGAGGCAGAGCUGACGGAAGCCCAGCAGGAGAUGGACAGGCUGGGUGAAGAGAAGCAGAGACUGCAGCAGGAGAAUGCGGAGAACCAGCAGGUCAUCAGGCUGUUAGAGAUGCAGAAAAACAUCCUCACUAAGCCCCAGCCAGGCUCAGAGCCUUAUGAGCAGCUCCAGGCAGAGGUGGACAGGAUGAAGGCAGAACUGACACUGAACCAGGACAAACUAGAAGAGCUACAGCGAGAUAGGACUCAGCUGAUACAACAGAUAGAAGAGUUAAUGGCGGAAAAAGACUCCAGCCUGUCCAUGGAUCGCACCAAGAUGUCGGAGAUCCUGAUCAACCACCCGACCAUCCGCACAGCCGAGCUGGACGAGCGCUGCCAGGCUCUGGAGAGGGAGAGGCUGAACCUGCAGGGGGUCAACGAUGACAUCAAACAUCAGCUCACCAGGCUGGAGAAGGAGAAUGAGGUAUUGCGGCAGAGGCUGUCUGCCGCCGAUUCUCCCAGUGGAACAGACACCAACCCAGCCUUGUUACAGUUGCAGCGAGAAAACGAGAGAUUUCAGGAAGAUUACAGGCGCUUGAAGGCCUCAUACAAUGAGCUAGAGAACAGACACCUCAGAUUAAUAUCCAGUCCAGAGAGUCCAGGAGAUAGAAGUGACGACUCAAAACAGAUGAAGAAAGAAAUAACGAGAUUAGAGAGCCAGGUGUCUCUACAGAGAGGCCAGAUAGUAUUGCUAGAAAACUCCAAGAGAAGGCUAGAGGACCAAAACAAAAAACUAGAGGCAAAGGUGCAGGAGCUAGAGGAAAGAGAAUACAACGAAUCCUUCCCGGGAAAAAGUAUACAGGAAGGGAGUAGCCAGAGAACACACAGCCGCUCCAGUGGAGAUGGAAGCAGUGGUGCUGCAGACGAGGAGAGGACAGUGCUAAUAGAGAGGCUGAAGGGGGAAAAGGAGAAGUUCCGUCGUGAGGUGGAGUCCCUGUCCUCACAGCUGAAGGAUGCUGAGACCAUCCAGGACAAACAGGAGAAAGUCAUCAAGAGCAUGAAGGAGGAACUUGAAGAUGAGAAGAUGCGCAAGCCCAAAAAGAUAAGGUUCUUGGACGAGUUGCAACCAGCACAGGAGUCGAUGGAUGAGGUGGGUGCAGAACUGCUGCACGUCCGAGGGGAGCUACAGAAGGUGUGGGACAUGAUCCACGUCAAGGAUGGGGAAAUAGAGCAGCACAGCAGACACCUGGAGGAGGCACGAGCAAAGCUAGCAGAGGUGCAGCUAGACAAGGACAGAUUGCAGCAGAAAGUAGACAGCCUACAGAGACAAGUCCUCAGCAAGGAGGAAACCAUCACAGAACUAAGAAAUGAAAAGAACAGCUUACAGGGGCAACGUAGAGGCUCAGGAACAUUAGCAGAGAAACUGGAAUGUCUGGAAACUGAGAAUCAAACAUUAAAGGACAAGUGCCAUGACCUUGGAAGGACGAUUGCUGAGUUAGAAGUCGCUAACAAAGAUCUUUCAAGAAAGUUUGAGACAGUGUCCAAAGACAAAGCUAGUGCAGACAAGGAGAUCAGCAGCUUGAGAAGUAGUAUAGCAGAAGGAAGCGGUUCCGAUGAUGAGAGGAGGCGGCUGGGGGUGGAGUGUACACGGCUGACUGAUGAGUUGGACAUCAGUGCCCUUGAGUUGGAGGAGAAGACAAAACAGGUGUCAUCUUUAGAAAAAAGGUUACAGAAUUCACAAGAGCAGCUUCAAAGAGUAAAAGAAGAGAAGAGAGGUCUCGAAGCUAAGGUUGAGAACCUGCAGACAGAAAAUGAUGAACUAGAGGAGAAACUAAGAAGAGUCCUAACACAGAGGAUACUCGGUGACUCUUCAAAGAAGGAACCAUUCUCUGAUGACACUGCUCCGCCACACACCAGCUCUGCACCAAUCAGCCCAAAGAAGACUGAUGCUCCAAAUGGCGUGCCCCAUGGCAGAACUUCUACCAGCACUCCUGAUUGGAGGAAAAUCUUUGGCAGGCCAGACGGAGUUGGGAAGAGCCAGACAGGGCAGACCAGUCCAGGGGGCAGCAGAGAGGGGGGGCCAGGUUCUCCCGAGGGGGGUCGAAGAAGCCUCCCCAGAACCCCAGGGGGGGAGGAGGAGGAGACAAGUCCCAGGUCACCUCGGAGGAGCAGUGGCAUUCCCAGGCUGACUACUCUCAUCAAUGGAGCUAAACCAACACCCAGACACACGGGGAUGCUGCGGUCAAGGUCAACAGAAGUUCUGAAGCCCAAGCAGUCCAGUCAGAUUCCGUCCACGUCCAAGUCCGCGGGGGCGGGGCUGUCACGGUAUCCGUCCACGCCAAUCCUCGCAGCCCACGCCAAAUCCAGGCUUCCCGUCAGGAGACCUGGGUCCACAUCUCGCAGCUUGUCACCAGAACGGAAAUGAUACAACUGUGAACUCCAAUGUUCUUGCCAGGCCUUUUCAGCAUAGGGGGGUUUGGUUUGGAUCCCCUAUGCUGUGAUUUGGUCCCCCAUCCUGCGUUUUAACCAACGAAGGGGAGUUUUCUGUAGUUUUGUACCAAAGGUAAAAUAAAGUUAGUUCUAUUUCCCUACGUUUUGGCCCUCAAAAUGCAGGAAAUUGUGUUUCAGGGGGUUAAAAAUUAGGAGGCCCCUUGCAAUGCUCACGCCUGCAUCACAUUCCACAUGGCUUUGGGGCACUAAGAUGCCCCUAUGCUGUGAAAAAAUCCUGGUGAGAACACUGAACUAAUCUAUUUUCACAGCAGCUUGAUAUCGCAGCAGAAAGGGAAAGAAGGAUUUCAUGAUGUUUGAGUUUGCAGUUGUAACGAUUCUUUGGUAAAGUAGUAAUUGGAAAGGCAUACUUGGUGUGUCAAGAAUUCGUGGUGAAACGGGGAAAAUACUGGUAAGACCAGUGUGAAUAUUUCAAGAUUUACUUAGCAGUGAAUGUACAAAGUAAAGCCAAUAUGCCAUUCAUUCAAUGGAGCUAAGCCAUGAGAGGUACAUUUGAGUAUAUAUAUAUUAUUAUGUUAUGUUUAAUUUAAAACUCCUUUUGAUUCCAUUGUUGCAAAUGUGGGACAACUUGCAAACUUUGAGAGAUUCAAGAUGGUGACCAGUAGAUGGUAACAUUGUUUAGGAUCACUUUCAGACUAUUGUUUUGUUUGCAGACACUUUGUUACCUUACUGCGUGUAAAGCCACCCUUGGCUUCAUAGACUGAUUUAAAGGUAAUCUGUAUGUGUCAUACUGUUCUAAAAAACUUUGUUUGAUAAGUGGAAAUUAUGUUUACAUCUGUGCAAAUAACGUUUUUACUUUUCUUAAUGGCCUUGCAUGUGGACAUACUUUUAUAUGAUUAUGUACCAGUAGUAUCAAGGAGGUUAACCUCCAUUGUAGUAUAUAUAUGUGGCUGUUACAGAUCAGUAUAUUGACUUGAUGCAGUACCAAAGAAGGGAAGUCA